UGCGACGCGGCUGCGAGGCGCUGAGGGGAGAGGCGCCACAGCCAGCGCCGCCGGGGAGACCCGUUAGAGCGGAAGCGCCUCCGCCGCAGCCUUCGCUGUCCCGCGGACCCUGAUUCCUGGCAGGUGGGAGGCGGGAGCCAUGUCGAAGCGGCUUCGGAGCAGCGAGGUGUGCGCUGAUUGCAGCGGGCCGGAUCCUUCCUGGGCAUCAGUAAAUAGGGGAACUUUUAUAUGUGACGAGUGCUGCAGUGUCCAUCGGAGCCUAGGGCGCCACAUCUCCCAAGUAAGGCAUCUGAAACACACACCGUGGCCUCCCACGUUGCUGCAGAUGGUUGAAACCUUGUAUAAUAAUGGUGCUAAUUCUAUAUGGGAGCAUUCUUUGCUGGACCCUGCCUCUAUUAUGAGCGGAAGACGUAAAGCUAAUCCACAGGAUAAAGUACAUCCUAAUAAAGCGGAAUUCAUCAGAGCCAAGUAUCAGAUGUUAGCAUUUGUACAUCGCUUGCCUUGCCGGGAUGAUGACAGCGUGACUGCCAAAGACCUUAGCAAGCAACUCCACUCAAGUGUGAGAACGGGGAAUCUGGAAACCUGUUUGAGGCUGUUAUCUUUAGGAGCACAAGCCAACUUCUUUCACCCUGAAAAAGGAAAUACCCCACUCCACGUCGCCUCCAAAGCAGGGCAGAUUUUACAGGCGGAAUUAUUGGCAGUGUAUGGAGCAGACCCAGGCACACAGGAUUCUAGUGGGAAAACUCCUGUGGAUUACGCGAGGCAAGGAGGGCACCAUGAGCUGGCAGAACGCCUUGUAGAAAUACAGUAUGAGCUGACUGACAGACUAGCCUUCUAUCUCUGUGGCAGGAGACCAGAUCACAAAAAUGGACAGCACUUUAUAAUACCUCAAAUGGCAGACAGCAGCCUGGAUUUGUCUGAAUUGGCAAAAGCUGCUAAGAAGAAACUUCAAUCCCUAAGUAAUCAUUUGUUUGAAGAACUUGCCAUGGAUGUGUACGAUGAAGUUGACAGGCGAGAGACCGAUGCAGUCUGGCUUGCCACGCAAAACCACAGCACCCUGGUAACUGAGACAACUGUCGUCCCCUUCCUUCCGGUCAAUCCCGAGUACUCUUCAACACGGAACCAGGGCAGACAGAAACUUGCUCGGUUUAACGCCCAUGAGUUUGCCACACUGGUCAUCGACAUUCUCAGUGAUGCUAAGAGGAGACAGCAAGGCAGUCCUCUUUCUGGUUCAAAAGACAAUGUGGAGCUUAUACUGAAAACAAUCAGUAACCAGCACAGUGUUGAGAGUCAAGACAAUGACCAGCCAGACUAUGACAGUGUGGCCUCAGAUGAAGACACAGAUCUGGAAGCUACUGCAAGCAAAGCAAACAGGCAGAAGAGCCUAGAUUCAGAUUUAUCAGAUGGACCAGUCACUGUGCAGGAAUUUAUGGAGGUCAAAAACGCUCUAGUGGCUUCUGAGGCCAAGAUACAACAGCUAAUGAAGGUGAAUAACAACUUGAGUGACGAGCUGAGAAUUAUGCAGAAAAAGUUGCUUGGAAAAGAUGCUAAUUAAUGAAGAGGAGCAGCCACUAUUGGUGUAUAAUUCACAGAUCGGUGCUUUCUAAAUAAAAAUUGAAAGUAACUCCUAACACUGAAUGGGUUUGCUAUUGAAAAAGUAAUGAUCUUCUGGUGCAAAUACGUUUGCUUGCGGACUUAAGCCUUGGCCCCGGUGGGGAAUUUGGUCAGAGUUUACAGUCUCUGUCAAAGAGUAGACAGCUGAACUUACACCACACCCAGCUUAUAAAAUGUCUUGGAAGAUGAAGGAGCACCAGAGGGGAAGGACACUGUGCAGACGGGACUCAGUUAAUUGUGUUUCAAAUGCCAGAUGCUAAGAAGUAACACGAUUCCUUGCUGAUCCCUUAACUCUAACUCAUCAAACACCAUGAAGCAGCCUGCAUGUGAGGAAUGGAAGGAGCAAUCAGGGUCUCCAAGUGACAGCCUCUAACUAAAAUAGGGUGGUGCCAGGCAGAUUAGAAUAAUUAAAGCUGACACCGCCAAGGUCGCAUUUUUGGGUGACAAAGCCAAAGGAGAGAGGCCAAAUAUUCCGGCCCUGGCUGAAAGCUGAUCGAUCACCAGAGGGAAGCAAGCGUGCUACGUGGAGCAUUCAGACGAAGCUGUUAACGUAGUUUGAUAGGCCUCCAGUUUUCUUCGUGAUAUGUUAAUAUAGCAAACGUACCAUGAUUCGGUUCCCUCUCUUUCUUAAGAAGUUCUAAAUUGUUUGGAAUAUCAAGAGUAUUCUGUAAUAAAAAUUUGUUGAUCAUAAUUUUUCUUGUUGGCUUUUUGGGAAGCAAUAGCCCAUCUGAUUUUUCGUAAGCUGAACUUCACUGUCUUUCUUGCUUUGCAAAGCAACUCCGGUUAUCUUUGUGCUGCUUCCAUGGUGUCUGCUGGCAUUUUUGGCAUUUGCAAAUUGCUCAGGGCUCAUUUGAAAAGCAGCUUACCUAAAUCUUCAUGAUCUCAAGCUCUUGCUUGAAAAAGCCUUAGAAGAAUCCAGAGUCUGGCUUGCCUGCAAACAUUUCCCAGGCCCACCAUGACCAGUUUUUAAGUGGUUAGACAUUUUGUUUUUAAAAAGUCCAAACUGUAACUUUUCUGCAAUGAGAAAUCAAGCCUGUUUAAUUUGCUUGAGUGAUAAAGUAAGUUGAUUGUGUGUCACUCAUUCUAGGAGAGUGAGCUCUUGUUUGUAGUUGCCUGUAACUUUCAACCCAGCUAGCUGUUACUGUUCUUACUGUUUAAAGCUGGUAGUUGUAUGCGUUUACUUGGUGUUUGCUUUUUCUGCUUGCUAUAGAAAAACACCGUCCCACUGCCAAACAUUUC